AUGUCCGCUCUUCCUCUCCUCACCUCGGACCCCGUGGCCACCCCGCCGCGCCCGCCGUCCCCCGUCCACUCCUUCGGCACUCUCGCGGUCCACGCCGGAUCCCCGCACGACCCCACCACCGGCGCCGUCAUCGAGCCCAUCUCGCUGUCGACGACCUUUGCGCAGACGGCCGUCGGCCAGCCCAUUGGCGAGUACGAGUAUUCCCGCUCGGCCAAUCCCAACCGCACCAACUUCGAGGCCGCUGUCGCCGCUCUCGAGCACGCAAAGUACGCCCUCGCCUUCUCCUCCGGCAGCGCCACCACCGCAAACAUCCUCCAGAGCCUCGCCAGCGGCAGCCAUGUCAUCUCCGUGUCCGACGUCUACGGCGGCACCCACCGCUACUUUACCCAGGUCGCAAAGGCUCACGGCGUCAAGGUCACCUUCACCCCGGAGAUCGAGGUCGACAUCUCUGAGCACAUCACCGACGAGACCCGCCUGAUCUGGAUUGAGAGCCCUAGCAACCCGACUCUCCGUCUGGUGGAUAUCCGCGCCGUCGUCUCCGAGGCCCACAAGCGCGGCGUCCUCGUUGUCGUCGACAACACCUUCCUCUCCCCCUACGUCCAGAACCCCCUCGAUCUGGGCGCCGACAUCGUCGUCCACAGCGUCACCAAGUACAUCAACGGCCACAGCGAUGUUGUCAUGGGUGUCGCCGCCUUCAACAGCGACGAGCUCAAGCAGCGUCUCGGGUUCCUCCAGAACGCCAUUGGCGCCGUCCCCUCGGCCUUUGACGCAUGGCUGGCCCACCGUGGUCUCAAGACCCUUCACCUGCGCGCCCGCGAGGCCACCACCAACGCAACCGCCGUCGCCAUCGCCCUCGAGGCCUCGCCGCUCGUCAUCGCCGUCAACUACCCCGGUCUUGAGUCCCACCCCCACCGUCACAUUGCCAAGAAGCAGCACCGCAACGGCAUGGGUGGUGGCAUGCUCUCCUUCCGCAUCCAGGGCGGACACGCUGCCGCCGAGCGCUUCUGCCAGUUCACAAAGAUCUUCACCCUCGCCGAGAGCUUGGGUGGUGUCGAGUCUCUGGUUGAGGUCCCCAGCAGCAUGACCCACGCCGGUAUCCCCAAGGACCAGCGCGAGGCUGUUGGUGUCUUUGACGACCUCGUCCGCAUCAGCUGCGGUGUCGAGGACGCUGUGGAUCUCAGGAACGACGUCCUCCAGGCUCUCGAGAAGGCCGUUUCGGCAUCAAAGAACGGCGUCAACGGAGUCAAUGGCAACGGCGUCAACGGACAAUGA